AUGGGCAAAAGCCAGAGCAAGCUCAGCCAGCAAGAGCUCAUCGACCUCCAGAAAGCGACACACUUCGACAAGAAAGAGCUGCAACAAUGGUACAAGGGCUUCCUGAAGGACUGCCCUAGCGGCAUGUUGACCAAGUCCGAGUUCCAAAAGAUAUACAAGCAGUUCUUCCCCUUCGGCGACCCUUCCUCCUUCGCAGAUUAUGUCUUCAACGUGUUCGAUGCGGACAAGUCCGGGAGCAUAGACUUUAAAGAGUUCAUCUGCGCACUAUCCGUCACGAGCAGAGGCAAGAUGGAGGACAAGCUCGACUGGGCAUUUCAGCUGUACGACAUAGACGGCGACGGCAAGAUCAGCUACGACGAGAUGUUGUCCAUCGUAGAGGCGAUAUACAAGAUGGUGGGCAGCAUGGUGAAGCUGCCGGAGGACGAGGACACACCCGAAAAGAGAGUUAAAAAGAUCUUCAGGAUGAUGGACAAGGAUGAGAAUGGGUCGCUGGACAUGGCUGAGUUCAAGGAGGGAAGCAAGCGUGAUGAGACAAUUGUGUCAGCAUUGUCGUUAUACGACGGUCUGGUAUGA